GUGUUGAGUUGAGUUUCAAGACUUGGUCUCCAGAUGGCCUCCUGCUUUGUGCCUUCUCUCCAGGAGAUCAGGAAGAGUUUCUGGCUAUCCAGAUAAAAAACGGACGCCCUUACUUUUUGUUUGAUCCGCAGGGUUCUGCGGUGGCGGUGGGUGUGCAGGGUGACGGAGGACGCCGCUACAAUGAUGGACAGUGGCAUAGAAUAACAGCAACCAGGCGAGGGGCCGUGGGAACAAUCGUUAUAAACAAUCAAUACAGCGGAAGUGGAUCAGCAUCCAGUGGCAGAAGUAUUAUUGGUGAAAACAUGGGGGUGUUCAUUGGAGGGCUGUCUGAAGAUUUUACACUUUUAAGAAAGGAUUCAGGAGAUGCCCUGCUGGUGCGACAGGGCUUCUCUGGCUGCCUCCGAGACGUGAGUUUAAAGAUGACUGACAGCCCCUCCGAGGAAUGGCAGUACCUGGACUGGACAAAAGCCACAAAGUCGGUAGCAGUGUAUGAAAGCUGGGAGGGAUGUCCUCUUCAAACGAUAGAUGGAGCACAUUUUCUGGGUCAUGGAUACUUGGAGUUGGCCACAGGUGUUUUUAAUGGAGGGCAGGACUUUGACGUGUCUCUGGAUUUCAGAACUGACCAGCUCAGUGCCCUUUUGCUGUUUACAUACAACACAAAAAAGGAAGAUUACAUGCUUGUGGCGCUGGAAGCCGGUCUUUUGUCCUUUAUUCUUGCUACUGAUGGUCAUGUGACUGAACUCAGCAUGUGGGUGGGGCUCGGCUACUGCGAUGGAGACUGGAAACAGCUGUCAUUGGCAAAACGAGGCUCUCUCAUCUCUGCUGCAGUGAACGACUGGGCUGAGGAAACAAGGGGAGUGGGAGGGGCAGUGAGGCUGACUGUUGAUUCACCGUUAUACCUGGGUGGCGUGCCAGCGAAUCUCUUACAUCCUGCUCUGGAUGGCCAAAGUCACAAACAUGGCCUGGGGGGCUGCAUACGGGGUCUUACCAUUCGCAGUGAUAAAAGAAGCUCUUCUGUCAGUGAAAAGGUUGAUUUGGCUGUCACCGCCCGCCGUUCUGUUCGGGUCCACUUAGAUGGCUGUCCUACCAGUGAAAGUCGAUUCAACUGCAGAGGGAACGAUUCAGUGCUGGUUUACAGUGGAAGGCAGACACUAGCCACAGAUUAUAGUUUACAGCCUUUUACAGAGUACCUGUACAGGAUUAUUGCCUUGGCUGCUGGAGGCUGGGCAGCAUCACCCUGGCAGAGAGGACGCAGCCGUGGCAAAGCGCCUGCAUCUGUACCACCUCCAGCAGCAGUGCAGAGUAUUAAUGGCUUUAGUAUUAAGGUGAGCUGGGUGCCACCCACUGGUGAAAUCAGAGGACUGAUUGACAGAUAUGAGCUAAAGGCCUACAACAGAGACAACCCUGAUGUACCUCCUAUCAAAGCCACACACCUGGCUAAUGGAAAUUUCACAGAUGUGAUAACAGGUCUCACUCCAGCCACUCGAUACAUUGUCACUGUAAGUGCCUGUACUCCUGCUGGCUGCACUGAGAGUCCAAUUAAUGACAUUGGUGAUGGUAACAAUGUAAGGUCAAGCCUCACAACCCCAGAGGAAG